GUAUGAGGGCGCGAUCAGUAUUGGUAUUUUCCUACUGUGUGAUUUCAAAAUGUCAGACAUCGAUAAAUGGAUAGAUAUCGCGAAAGAAUGCAAAUACUUGCCCGAGAAUGAUCUCAAGAAACUCUGUGACGUGGUAUGUGAUUUAUUACUGGAGGAGUCAAACAUCCAACCUGUAUCCACUCCGGUGACAGUAUGCGGCGAUAUACAUGGUCAGUUCUAUGAUUUAGAGGAACUAUUUCGCAAUGGUGGCCCUGUACCAGAUACAAAUUAUAUAUUCCUGGGAGAUUUUGUCGAUCGGGGCUACUACAGCUUAGAAACAUUUACUCGUCUGCUCACACUUAAAGCUAAAUGGUCUGACAGAAUAACGUUACUACGUGGUAAUCAUGAAUCUAGACAAAUUACGCAUGUUUAUGGAUUUUAUGAUGAAUGUCAAAACAAGUAUGGCAAUGCUAAUGCUUGGAAGUACUGUUGUAGGGUAUUUGACUUGCUCACAGUUGCUGCCUUAAUUGAUGAACAGGUUCUUUGUGUACAUGGUGGAUUGUCUCCGGCUAUUAGAACACUAGAUCAAAUUAGAACGAUCGAAAGGAAUCAAGAGAUUCCACACAAAGGUGCUUUCUGUGAUUUGGUUUGGUCUGAUCCAGAGGAUGUAGAAACAUGGACAGUAAGUCCACGUGGCGCAGGUUGGUUAUUUGGCAGUAAAGUGACUUAUAUGUUCAUGGAAGUGAAUGAUCUUAAACUCAUCUGUAGGGCACACCAAUUAGUUCAGGAAGGUUAUAGGUACAUGUUUAAUGAUAAACUUGUCACAGUGUGGUCAGCUCCAAAUUAUUGUUAUCGAUGUGGUAACAUAGCUAGUAUCAUGCAAUUCACAACAGUAGAUCAAAGAACACCCGUGCUGUUCCAGGCAGUGCCUGAUUCCGAGAGAGUAAUUCCACCUCUAACGCCCACUCCGUACUUUUUGUGAUCUAUCUUAGCGGCUCAUUUGUACGGAUGCAGAAGAGAAAUGUCUGUGUCUAGACUCUACGGAAUUACAUGAUUUGAUUGACCAGAUCCAGGCUGGUACCAUGACGGAACCAUACAUUAGUGAAAAUAUAUCACAAACCGAUUAUACUCUAGAAAAUUUUAAUUCUUUUGAAAGAAAUUGUUUGAUGCGUUCUACGAUCAAAGUAUGCUUAGAGGACUGAAUUAUGGUGUGAUUACUCUUAUUCAGGGAAUGUUCUUUAGAUUUUUUAAGAACUU